AGACAGACUUUUUUGCCUUGUCGAAUUGCAAGAUCAAUAAUAAGUAAGAGCUUAUAACACUUUUUGCCACAAUUGCUGUACCCAAGAAGAGCAUAACAACAUCAAUUACAGAACAGCGAGGUAGAACCUUGCACGUCUAAGCUAUAAAAAUACAACAGGUGCGAUUAUCGCCGGCUUCCAAACAACUUUGGUUAGUGUUUUGCUAUUCACUUUCUAAGAUUUUUUUUUAGAUGGUUGUUUCUACUGCACAUGCCACAUGCUUCUAUUGCCUCACAUGUUUUGUACUGUAUAACGUAAUUUACUGCGUUGCAAACUUCUUAGAUGGUGUUUACCAUUUACGAAACUAGUAGUACACGCCUACAACAAAGUCAAGCCCUUUUUCUAAUAUUCUACCAUCCUGUAUAGGAAGACUAAAGCAAUGUCUCAUAGUAUCAGCUUGUGCAUUGUAGUUGCUAUACACUCUCCUAAAGUUCUUGACCAAUUCAUCAUGUUUUAGUAGAGAAUCCUGCGUCCAAAACUCAGAUUUUUGUCUCUGGCGAUGAGUAGUGUAUUCAGAUCUAUUCGAAAUUAACAACUGAAAAAAAAAGGUUGCGCAGUAUGAAUUCAGAUCUUUAGCUCUUCUGCUAUGACAAAUAAAUUGUCUCUUUCAAGCAAGUGUAACCACCACCCAAGAAUAUGAUAAUCGUCUGCAAAUAUUUUUUGGUAUUGGUUCCAAAUGACUGAAAAAUAUCAGCUGUCCAGCUAGUUGAUGCUCACCCUGAAACAAAACCCACACAUGUUUUUUGGUAUCUUUCGUUGUGGGGUCAUCAAAGUCGCAACAAAUUAUUGGCCAAAAAUACAACAGGAUAUGGGGUCAGAGGGUGACAGGAAUAAAACAACGAAAUAUACCAUUCAAGUGGUGGCUGGGCCUCAUCCAGCCACUUCAUAGAAAAAAUCUAACUCAUCCAGAGAAUCAAAUCCAAGGUUUACAUAAUACACUCUCUCCUCCAUCCCUCCAAGAACUCUGAAGAAGAGCUCCGAUAAAUGGACAUGAAGAGGGUGGUGGGCAUCGUCGGCGCCGGCGUGAGCGGCCUGGCAGCCUGCAAGCACGCCAUCGACAGGGGGUUUAGCCCGGUGGUGUUCGAGACCGAUGAAACCAUCGGUGGAGUGUGGGCGCAUACCUUGGAGUCGACGAGGCUCCAGGCGCCCACGACGUCGUUCCGGUUCUCGGACAUGGCGUGGCCGGAGAGCGUGACGGCGACGUACCCGGGCCACCAUGAGGUCAUGGAGUACCUCAGGUCGUACGUGUGCGAGUUUGACCUCCUCAAGUGUAUCAGGUUCAGUAGCCAGGUUCUCGGGGUUGAAUACCUUGGUGUGGCGGAGGAGGAGAUCAUGGGGUGGGAGCAGUGGUCUGGUGGCGGGAAGGCGUUCGGAGCUGAGAAGGGUGGACGGUGGUGCCUCACUAUCAAGGACUUGAAAACCGGUAACAUCGAGGUUUUUCAAGUGGAUUUUCUCAUCCUCUGCAUCGGAAGGCACAGUGGGGCACCAAAUAUCCCAAAAUUUCCAGCAAACAAAGGGCCUGAGUUGUUCAAGGGGAAAAUAUUGCACUCAAUGGACUACUCUUACAUGGAUAAUGUGUCUGAAUUUGUCAAAGGGAAGAGUGUGACGGUAAUUGGGUCUGGAAAAUCAGCAUUCGACAUAGCUGCAGAGGUUGCCAAGGUGAAUGGUACAGCUCAGCCAUGCACCAUGAUAUAUCGAACGAAGCACUGGCGGGUUCACAAAUUUAGCAUAUGGGGAUUUCAACUAAGUUACUUCUAUCUUAACCGCAUCUCCCAACUUCUACUUCAUAAACCUGGUGAAGGAUUUCUGCAUUAUAUUCUGGCAAGUGCACUCUCUCCCUUGAGAUGGGCAAUUACAAAACUAAUUGAAGCAUACUUCAAGCGCAGCAUUCCUCUACAGAAACAUGGGAUGGUACCUGACUACAGCUUCUCCUUCGCCAUGUCAUCUUGCUUGAUUGCAAUGUUACCAGAAGGGUUCUAUGACAGGGUUGAUGAGGGCAGUAUUGUUCUCAAGAAUUCCAAGAGGUUCAGCUUCUAUAACGAUGGGAUCAUCUUGGAGGAUGCAAAUGAAUGCAUAAAGAGUGACAUUGUAAUUCUAGCUACAGGAUUCAGAGGAGACCAGAAGCUUAGGGACAUCUUCACAGCAAACUGGUGUAGAAAUAUAGUGGCAGGAUCAUCAGAUACAUCAGUUCCUCUAUACAGAGAAUGCAUCCAUCCUCGAAUCCCUCAGUUGGCGAUAGUUGGAUACUCAGAGAGCCUCUCCGACAUAUAUGCCUCGGAAAGGAUGGCCAAUUGGGUAACCCACUUCAUGGCUGGUGGCUUCCAGUUGCCAAGCAUAAGAUGCAUGGAAGAGAGCGUAGCAGAGUGGGCAAAGUACAAGAGUCGUUACAACGGGAAGUAUUUACGCAGAUCGUGUAUAAGCACCGUGAACAUCUGGUUUAACGAUUUGUUGUGCAAAGAUAUGGGAUGCAACCCUAGAAGGAAGAAAGGGUUCCUGGCUGAAUGGUUCCAGCCAUAUGGACCCGCUGAUUAUGCAAACCUUUCCUUAAGACAAUAGCAAAUUUGUCACUAGUGUAUUCAUAGAAAAAGAAGAAGGUGCAAGAUUUGGUACCUUGAGGGCUCUACAGAUGAUUUUAGCAAGUCUUUGCUUUUCCGAGAAUAAUUCUACAAUUUUCUGCAUAAAUUUAAUUAAAGCAUCUCCUAAGAUGAUUUUUGCUCU